AUGUCUGAUGCACCAGAGUCACUCCGCGCGCCGGAGCCUAUAUCGGCGGGGCUCGACAAGAGUCUACGCGAAGAUGAAAAGAACCAAGAAGAAAAUCAAGGCCCAACUGACAGUCAUGUACUUUCUCAGGUAGAGCCUGAGGAAGAGGCCAAAGGGCUGGCUCAGAAAGCUGGAGUCACCAACGAUGUCUCGGACAUUGGCUGGGGAGAAUCUGACGAAAUCGAGGAGAGGAUUGUGACGGGAUUGUCGAACGAGGAUCUCUGGAUGCUAAUCCGACGCUUCAAUAAGAGGCUGGAUCUCAAUCGGGCAGAAUAUGAGAAUUUCUCCCCAGACAAGCUGAGGGCUACCCUGGAGAGAUUCUAUACAACUGUGGUUAUCGGCUUGACCAGACUUGUUAAGCACAUCGCUAGGCUUCGCUCAUGGAGAGAGCCUCGGCGAACGUCAGCCUUUUGCGCAGUAUACUCCGUAGCCUGGCUUUUUGAUCUCCUCGUUCCCGUGAUCUUUGGUACAAUGCUUGUUCUGGUUGUCUGCCCUCGAUCUCGGAAGAUCCUGUUCCCUCCUGCACCUCUCGCGCUGGUCGAUAAAUCGACUGGCGGAGUGCAGAAACCCAAGGCGGGAGUGCUCGGUUCUCAUGACAGUGUGACUGGGGCUCCAGAGAAAUAUAGAGGUGAAGCAGCCGAGCAAGAAGCAAGUAAUUUGAUCACUAGCGUUGCCACUGUUGCCGUGGGAAGUGCUGCCGGCAAACAUGAUCAAGGCACACCCGAAGAUGCUCCUAUGGAAUCUUCAGUUCCCGACGCGACGGAUAUUGUCUCCAAGACAGCCGAUGCACAAGCUGCUGCUGGUGGAGAAGUCCCAGCCGAUACUCACGACAAGACCAGGCAACCUAUGAAGGACACCGUGUUGAACGGCGCAAAUAUGGCAAUGCGGGUGCUCAGUGAUAUCAUUGAUACAUACGAGAGGUUUGGCAAUGCUCUCUCACCAACACCACCUUUCUCGGCCGUAACCCCUUGCCUUCGCCUCUCCAGCGUGCUCGCAGCCGGAUUUCUAGGGUCAUUACUGACUUCAAGCUACGUAUUCGUCAAGUCGAGCACUUUUCUUCUUGGGUUUGUCUUUUUCGGGGAUCCAGUUCUCCAACAUCUCAUGAGCUACUUGAACCAUGAAUUCCCGCAUUGGCAGAAGCUUCUCGAAUUGCAAAAUUCUCUCCUGAAAGGAAUCCCCACUAAUGCUCAGCUUACGCUCACACUUCUUCGCAUUGGUGAAUCAAAUGCCGCGCCCUUGCCGCCGCCCCCUUCAAGCUCUCUCCACAAAGCUCCGUCAAGGCCCGCCUCGAUCCACCACGAUCAGCUGACCUUGGGGGCUACCGACGAGGAAAUCAACCGAGCUGCGGCUCCUGAGCCGAAACAAGUUGCAGCACCAGAGCUUCACGAAGCCGAAAAGCCUAAGAAAAAGAACUUUGGUGCCAGAAUAAUCGGCUUCUUCAAGGGCACCACAGCGACAGGGAUUGAGACCAAGCUGGCCGUUGACCGGGUUCGCGCCGAAGCAGGGUCAAUUCAUGCAAAGAAUCAUCUCGGUAUCCUACGCAAGAAAGGCCAAGAGACUUUGCCCUACGGCCCUGUGGAGUUCGACGCAAGGUACAAGGGUAAACGAGGCACUGUGGUGAUUGACUCCUCCCAGCAACCGCCGCUACUAUACUUCACAACAGACCCGACUGUCACGCAGGGCGAUUACAGACUGGAUAGUAGAAAGAAGGGCACAGUGCUCUUCACAAUGCCAGUCACCGAAAUCCAAGAAAUGCGCAAGAUCGGCGGGAUGGGUUGGAAGGGGAAAUUGGUUGCUGGCUGGGCUGUAGGCAGCAAGGAAGUUGUGGAUGGUUUGAUCCUUACGGGGAAGCAUCCGCACGAUUCCUAUCAGCUUACAGCUAUGAGUACUCGAAACGAACUGUUCAACCGCUUGGUUGCCAUUGACGGACAGGUUUGGGAAAAACUUUUAAUCAUCAUCCUACAUUUGCUGAGAUACUCCUAG